AUGGGGUCUUCCGACGACGAGAAACCUCGCGCCGCCGAGCGCGAGGCGAAGAAGGAGAAGAAGGAAAAGAAGGAAAAGAAGGAGAAGAAGUCUUCCGAUGGCGGCGACGAGGGCGACGAGAAGAGACCGACGGCGACGCCGGUUGAGAUUCACACGCUGUUUUUCGGACAGAUGCCGUUCGAUACGAAGUCUUCGGACAUCAUGCCUUGGUUGAAGGCGAAUUUGACCAGACACGGGUGCGGAUUCGAUAUUAAGGACAUACGCAUGGCGGGAGGGGACGGCACGGGGACGCCGGGAAAGGCGAAAAAGUUUAAAGGGUACGCGUUCGUUGAUUUUACGACGAAUAAAGCGGCGAAGAAGGCGAUGAAAUUGCAUCAGACGUUGUUUCGCGGACGGCCGGUGACGGUGGAGCGGUGCGCGCGCAAGGAGUACGCGGCGCCAAAGUCGGAGAAACGGAAGCGCGCGGCGGAGGGUGGGGGCGAAGGCGCGGAUGGAGAGCCUGAAAAGAAGAUGUUGAAGACACUGGUGGAACCGGAUGCGGUGAAGGCCAUGGUGGCGGAGGCUGCGGAGAACAGCGAGGGCACGCUCGCCGCGAACGACUGCGACGAAAAAGUCUUGUCCUUCUUGGGCUUGCUCCCCUCGGACGUGUGUCAAAAGGCGGUGAAUGAGAUCAAAAAGGUUUGCAUGAAGGGUAACCAAGCGAAGAAUAAGGGGGCGUACUUCAUGGGGAUCAUUCGCAAGGUGAGCAAGACGUCGUGGGAGGAACGCGCGAAAGCCGACGCGGCGAAGGCAAAAGGCGCCGCCGAGUCUUAG